ACAGCGAGAGAGAAAGGGAACAGCAAAAAGAUCAUUGCGAUUGCGAUUAGUAAAUUUCUCGCCUUUGAAUGUUGUGUUCACUUUUUUGAAUAAAAAUAAUUUACAGCUUGAAUUAAAAGUGAGUGUUCAUGUUAUUUCGCGGCGUAAGUAGUGAAAAUGUGGGACUCGCCGUACUUGAUUUGUUUGUUUCUGUUUAUAUUAAGUUUCCAAAUUAUCGCCACAAAUUCUCGCACAUCUAAUAUCUGGAAACUGAACGUUGAAGAAGACAUAAUCGUCGACGGGAAUACCUUGCCGCAGGAUGAAUCUGAUAAAGCUAAAAUGAGUGAAGAAGAUUCUAUUUUCAAUAUUAUCACUUCAACAGUUUAUUAUGGAAACACUUGGAGUAAACAUGGUUUUGAUAUGUUUUGCACAGAUUGUCAAAUAUAUGAACAACAGAGGGCUGGCAGUGAAAACAGUGAUGAAAUAUCACAAACUGAGAUAAACGGAGAUGCAGAUGAUGAAUAUUUGGAUUGUGGGAAAGCUGUCAACUUCACAUACUAUGACAAUUUAGUUGGAGUGGCACGGCGUCAUAGACACCCUAAUGUACCUGAACCUCAGGUGGCUCUUAUAUUCACGAAAAAGAAAUCAUAUAAAAAUGGAGUCACAGAACUAGACAUAAACGCAUUAGAGAAACGUCUGAAGAAAGCAAAAAGGGAGAAACCAAAGUCAGUACAAUUGUACAACCAGAUUGGUAAUUUUUGGAGAAUCAAAGGGGACACUCGUCAGUCCAUUGAGUGCUUCAGAAGAGCUCUUGCAGUGUCUCCAUACAAUGCAGAGGUAUUAUUGAACCUCGCACGGGUACUGUUCACCUUGCAAUACCUCGACGAUGCAAUUUACCUGACGCGGCGGUCGCUGGAAGUCCAGCCGCCAGACCGCAGCGCUUGGCAGCAGUACUUCACGCUCGGCGAGAUUUUCAAGGCAUAUGGACAUUAUCAGGAAGCUGCAGUGCACCUUAGACAUGCACUUGACUUGAGACCGGACUUCGAGCCGGCGCUGGCUGCACUCAAAGAUAUAGAGAACAUACCGGAGGCCUCCGUGCAUGUCUACACAUUACUCAUUAUCGUGUGUUUGGUGAUGGGAGUACUCCUAGUGAUCCUCUCGUCGGUAGACAGCGGCAACGAAGCCGAAGAACACAAGACUCAGCGCCACUUCAACAGGGCGAUGGCGAUGCGCUCCCUGCGCGGAGUCGCGCUGCCCACAGCCCGCGGCCGCAAGAAAGGCGGCAACUGAACUGUGACGUCACCCCACCUACGCCCCGUAUGAUGACGCGCCUGAGUUUUCUAUCUCUGCAAGUAACUAACCUUCUUUAAACGGUGAUCUGUAAACUACUCAUACAGGUAUAAAAAUAGAGUGGGAAAGGCGGCUUUAAAAGUGUCCGUCUAGUAGAAAGAGAA